AUGUUAGGUUCAUCACAUCCAAGGCAAUCUGCACGCUUGACUCUGGCAGCUGCUCUCAGCCCUGCUGAACCUAGUGGAUGUCAGAAGCGACCUGGACCUCGCAACAGCAGAAAUGAUUGGGAAUCCUGGCAGCUACCACGCUUAGAGCGAUCUGAAGGGGAAGAUGGCCAUGAUCCGAAGGCAGUGACCGCACAAAGACAGAAGCCAGGUUUUAAACUCCAGUCAGCUUGCAUCCAAGCACUGGGGAGCAUGGGCGACACAGGCGCAUCUAUGCUCACCGAGUGCCUGGAGCGCACAGAUCCAGAGCUACAGGCAAGGAUACUCAAAACUCUGCGAGCAAUCCCCGAGGCAUUGAGCUUCAAGGUGGGCCAAUGCAUCAUCGCCAAGCUGGAAGACGCCUCUGCCGAAGUGAGGCACGGCACGGUUGACUUCCUCUACUACGCUGCAGAGGCUGGCAAAGCACACGAGAUGAUCAGUCCCGGUCUGUCAAGCGAGGAUCCCUACACCAGGCACCUGCACGUUCAGGCCAUGGCUCUGCUGGAGACACUGGCGGCACCAUUCGCUGUUGAUGCAGCCCGUCGGCUGCGCGAUCCGUGCUGGUCAGUUCGCACCUGUGCGAUCCAGUGCUUACGCAACAUGGGCCCUGCUGCAAUUCCCUCACUGGAAGGUGGGUUGCAGGACGCGGACGUGGAAGUUCGGCUUUCUUGUGCGGAAGCAUUGGGUCGUUUUGGAGAAGCUGCGAGUGAUUCCGCGACGGCGCUUGCCAAGUGCCUGUCUGACGAGUCUGAGAUGGUCUGGCAAGAGGCUUUUGAAGCUUUGACAAAGGUUGGUCCGGCUGGGCCUGCCAAACUGGCAGAGUGCAUUCAGAGUGCAAGCACACCUCAGGUGCAGCAGCGUGCAGUCGACUUCCUUGGCGCAUUUGGCAAGGCAGCCGCACCAUACGCCCAAGUCGUUGCUGGCCUGCUGGGAUGUGGCGCGGAGAAGCUGGAGAAGUCUUCGGUGGCAGCUCUGAAGUCUAUGGGAGUGGACGGCGCAGCUGCGGUGGCACCAAUUCUGCUACAUCCGUCACCGCCUGUUCAUGAUUCCCAGAACAUGCUGGAGGACGAGCUGAAGGAAGCGCAACUACAGCGUCGCCUGACUGCUGCUGCUGCUCUCCGGGAGUUUGGUGAGGACAGCUUCGGACAAGCUCAAGCUGUCGCGCACUGCUUGCAUGAGCAAGAGCCGAAAGUGCGCAAGGAGGCCGUAUCCACCUUGAAAACACUUAGCGUGUCGGGUGCGAACGCUUUGGGAGCACUCCUGGACCCAAGCAUCAAGUUGGACGUUCGCGUCCUUGCCAUAGACACACUCGGUAAAAUGGGAGAUGCUGCACGCGAAUGGAUAUCUCCACUGGCAAAGUGCUUGGAGGACAAGGCUCCAGAGGUGAGACGGAGUGCAGCAGUGGCACUUGGGGAGCUGGCAAAUGCUGAGAUGGCGGGUCAGGUGGCUGAGCACGUUGAGCUGUUGGCAGCGGGUGUCCAUGACGGAGAUGCCUUGGCACGCCGUCGAUGCAUCGAAACCUUGGGCAAGCUGGGUCGAAGUGCGAAGCCCUACACAGAAGCAUUAGCACAGAUCUUGGAAGGAAUCGACAGUUGGAAUUGGACACCUGUGGCAGCAGCUCUAGCAGAAUUGGGCACAGCUACUUCGAAGCAUGCAGAUGUCCUCGCAGACAGCCUCGUACACGAUGUUCGGUCGGUACGCUGGAGCGCAGCCAGUGCACUGUCCAAGCUCGGACCGACGGCAAAGGAGACUAUACCGCCGUUGGUUCAGUUUCUGAAGUCCGACGAGGUUUCACUUCGCUGCGUUGGAGCGCAAGCCUUGAUGGUCAUAGCUGAGGGCUCCAAAGACCUCGAAGAGUCAUUCCUGCCUUUGCUUUCGGACAGUGAUGCAAAAGUGCGAGAGGCUGCGUGCGAGGCUUUGGCAAGAUGCGGCUGCAAGCAGACGGAGAAGCUUGCGGAGAAGCUCACUGACCCAGAGACUUUUGUUCGACGUGCUGCAGCCACGAGCCUGGGGGAACUCGGAGAGCCUGCAGCCAAGCAUGCAGGCGACCUGGUGGAAUUGCUCCUGGACUUCCACACUGCUGUUUCUAUGGCAGCCGCAAGGGCACUCGUUGCAUUGGGGCCUCCUGGAGCAGAAGCACUCAUGCAGAGGCUGCUUAAGGGAGGCACGCCGCGCGAGGAGGAAGAGAAGAAGGGAGACGAGGAGGAUGAUGAUGACACCGAGCCAGAAAAUGGUACUUUGGAGCGAAUCAUGCUCGAUGCAUUACAGGGAGCACCAGACCACAUCAUUGAGCCGUACGCCGAUGUGCUGGUUGUCUUCCUGGCUGCCAAUCAGCCAGAGAUUCGCCUUGCAUCAUGGGCUUGUCUAUCAAAGGUGUCAGAGAGCGCUUUUGAGUUUAUGGUCAAGCGGGCCACUGACUCGCACAUUGUCGUGCGUAGAGGCGUGGCGGAGGCGAUCGCGUUCUUGCUGUCGGGCAAAGAUGUGAAAGAAUCGCCAACUGGCAUGCAAAGGAAGGCAGCAGAGACCUUGGCCGAGCAGCUUACAGAUCCCAGCGACGUCGUCAGACUACAGGCUUGCGAGGCAUUUCGUCGAAUUGGUGGACCACUUGCCGAAGCUCAUAUUGCUGACUUGGCACGGCGGCUGCAGGAGCAUGAUGUCCGCGUGUACCGAUCUGUGAUAGACGUUCUUGGCAAUAUGGGAGCGGCUGCGGCGCAGCAUGUCUCGCUGAUUCGAGCGCGGCUUGAGGUGCCAAAUGUGCAAGUGAGACGAAGCGCCGCCGCUGCAAUGGGCAAAAUGGGCGCAGCUGGAAUUCCCUCAGUGCCGAUGUUGGUGACCCGGUUGGAGGAAGAUACUGAUGUCCUGGUCAAGAAAUCCGUAGUGGAGGCACUGGGCACUCUGGGUUCUUCCAGCAGGCAGUCGGCCCUGCACAUCGCGAAGAUGCACGCAAAUCGCUUGGCGUCCCAUUUGAUCAUGAAUGAAGCGGCAUGCAUUCGGCAAGCGUGCGCCGAAGCUCUAGGACAGCUUGGCCCGCCUGCUUGCGGCUGCCUCCAUGAGCUCGUUCUGGCACUGAAUGACUCUGAGAUGCAGGUCCGGAGGGCUGCGGCCCACGCCCUCGCUGGACUUGGCGAGGGUGCUGCUCCAGAGGCUGUGGUGCGGCACUCGGUAAUGUCUUGCGGUUCGUGUGCUCUAGCGCUACGCUAG